AUGUCAAUUUGGGACUCUCUGACUGGACGGAAGUCCUCGUCUUCGUCCUCGACGGCCUCCCAGCAAGAUCAAUUUCAAACGCCUCAAUUUGACCCUGCUACGGCUCAAGAUGUCUCAUCUUUUUUGACCGGACCGAGCUUACCUGACCCGUCACAACUACACCCUUUGGCUGGACUCAACCAUGACUCCCUCGACUAUCUUACUCUUGAAGACUCCGCACUCUCCGAUCUCCCCGGCGGCCAGUCCGCCUUGCCGUCCAGGGGUUGGUCGGACGACCUAUGUUACGGCACUGGAACGACUUAUCUCGCUGCACUGACGAUGGGAGGUGCUUGGGGUCUUGCGGAAGGUUUGAGGAAGAUGCCCACAACUGCGCCUCCCAAGCUUCGGCUUAAUUCGGUGCUCAACGCCGUGACUCGUCGUGGUCCCUUCCUCGGAAACUCUGCUGGUGUCAUUGCCAUGGUCUACAAUGGCGUCAACUCAACGAUAGGUUACUAUCGAGGCAAACAUGAUUCCGCAAACAGCGUUGUGGCGGGCGCUCUUAGUGGAAUGGUUUUCAAGAGUACCAAAGGAGUCAAGCCGAUGAUGAUCUCUGGAGGUCUCGUGGCCAGUGCGGCUGGCGCGUGGGCGGUUACCCGCAAGGCGUUGUUCUAA